UGCAUUAUGGCAAAGGUCAACAGCGAAAUCUCCUCCAUGACAAGAUGCCGCUUGUCCAGUGUCGCGUCUGAUGAGGAGCUGGCCGUUAUCGAAAAUGGAGACAGCAGUCACAAUUCCGAAAGGGCCCUAUCUUCAAAGUCCAACCGAACUGUAUUUACUGGUCCAGGAGCAAUGGCCAGGCUCUCUCACUUCUUCUACAUGCUGCGCAACUGGACCUUCCACAGAAUGAAGCCAAAGGUACCAGAAAGAAACGAUUCCUUCCUGGCACGCUUCCGGGGCCCUGAGCUCAAAGAUGACUCCGGUUGCGAGAGCAAUGUCCUGUCCCUGGGCCACAAUGGACGGAUGCACAGAAAGAAGAAGGAGGUCUGGAUCAUGGACCCAGCUACAGACCUGUACUACAGGUGGCUCACAAUCAUCGCCGGCCCAGUGUUUUACAACCUGAUAAUGAUUGUUACCAGGGCUUGCUUCAAUGAACUCCAGGACCGCUUCACAAAACUUUGGGUGUUCUUAGACUACACCUCAGACUUCAUCUACUACACCGACACCUUUGUCAGAUCAAGGACAGGUUACUUGGAGCAAGGACUGCUGGUGAAGGAGGCCACGAAGCUGAGAGCCAAAUACAGGACCACGUCGCAGUUCAAAUACGACAUGAUUUCCAUGAUCCCCACGGAUCUGCUGUUUCUGAAGUAUGGAUUCAACAACCCUGAGUUCCGAUUUAACCGUCUCUGCAAAAUAUCCAGGUUGUUUGAGUUCUUUGAAAGGACUGAGACCAGGACCAGCUUCCCUAACAUGUUUCGCAUUAGCAAUCUUGUACUCUACAUCCUGGUCAUUAUCCACUGGAACGCCUGUAUGUUCUUCGCCAUCUCAAAGACAAUCGGUUUCGGCUCGGACACUUGGGUGUACCCCAACAUCAGCCAUCCGGAACAUGGCCGCCUUGCCAGGAAGUACAUCUACUCCCUUUACUGGUCCACACUGACCCUUACUACCAUCGGAGAGACACCUCCACCAGUCAGAGAUGUGGAGUACCUCUUCGUCAUUGCGGAUUUCCUCACUGGCGUACUGAUCUUUGCCAGUAUCGUCGGUAACGUCGGUGCCAUGAUCUCCAACAUGAAUGCUUCUCGUGCCGAGUUCCAAGCCAAGAUCGACUCCAUCAAGCAGUAUAUGCAGUUCCGUAAGGUCACCAAAGACCUGGAGGCUCGGGUGAUCAAAUGGUUCGACUACCUGUGGACGGAGAAGAAGACCUGUGAUGAGAAGGAGGUUCUAAAGAAUCUGCCUGACAAGCUCAAGGCUGAGAUCGCCAUCAACGUCCAUCUUGACACGCUUAAGAAAGUGCGCAUCUUCCAGGACUGCGAGGCAGGACUUCUUAUCGAGCUGGUGCUCAAGCUGGAGCCUCAAGUCUUCAGUCCUGGGGACUACAUCUGCAAGAAGGGUGACAUCGGCCGGGAGAUGUACAUCAUCAAAGAGGGCAAGCUAGCGGUGGUGGCCGAUGAUGGCGUCACACAGUUUGUGGUGCUCAGCGACGGUGCAUACUUUGGGGAAAUCAGCAUCUUGGGCAUCAAGGGCAGCAAAGCCGGGAACCGAAGAACCGCCAAUAUCCGAAGCGUGGGUUACUCAGACCUUUUCGCCCUGUCAAAGGAUGACCUGAUGGAGGCGCUGACUGAGUACCCGGAAGCCAAGAAAGCCUUGGAGGAGAAGGGCAAGGCCAUUUUGAUGAAGGACAACCUGAUCGACGAGGCUGUGGCUAAUGCCGGAGCCGACCCCAAAGACAUGGAGGAGAAGCUGACCAGGCUGCAGGACAAUCUGGAUGCCAUGCAAACCAAGUUCGCCAAGCUCAUGGCCGAGUUUACCUCCAGCCAGACGCGCAUGAAGCAAAGGGUCAGUCAAAUGGAGGCCCAGGUGAAGGCUGUCAAACCUGAGGACCUGUCGGAAGUGGUGGCCGACAAAGACAAGAAGGUUCAGUGA